CCCCGUUAUUAUUUAGUGACAAAAUGGCGGUCUAAAUAUACCAACUUUUAAAAGGCAAUUUCCACGAGAUUCCAAGCAAAUCUCGAACGUAAUUUAUUACAUUCAACGUGAAAGCAUUCAAGAAUCAUGACUGUUUUAAAAAAUCCAUCUAUUUAUUCAAUAAGUCGGAGUUUUAACGUCUUUUACAAACUAAGGAGUUGUGAUACAGUCAGUGAACAAUUUGUGCCUACGAACAACACCCAAGCGGACAAUAAUAUUUUAUUACAGUUAAGAGACUUUGUGGACAGGAGUCGACGAUUGUUCGUUUUAACCGGUGCGGGAAUUUCGACUGAAUCAGGAAUACGAGACUAUAGGUCCGAUGGGGUUGGACUAUAUGCAGUCAGUAACGACAGACCUGUUCAGCACCAGGAUUUUGUCAGGAGUGCUCUCAGGAGACAGAGGUAUUGGGCACGAAACUAUGCUGGCUGGCCAAUAUUUUCAUCACACGAACCUAACCAAGGCCAUCGUGUUUUGGCAGAUCUUGAAAGGGCGGGAAAAUUACAUUGGCUGGUGACGCAAAAUGUUGAUUUGUUGCAUUCUAAGGCAGGCUCAACAAGGUUGACUGAGUUACAUGGUGCUACCAGCAGGUAUACUGUUUUAAAUACACCGAGCAGGCUAUUUAACACCCAUUAUGGUUUAUUAAAGACCGUCAGAUGGACUUUUAUAGCUGGCUGCUAACUGCAAACUUCAAAUCGUUAUUUUAUGUCAAUUGCUGACGUCAUUAGAAUUUUCCAUUUUAGAAAAACAAUGCGCUAUUCAAACUUGUGCACUAAAAUUGAAGCAUAAAUUGUAGGCUUUACUGUACAUUCAAAUGCGAUUUGAAGUUUGCAGUUUGCCGUCCCUAUUGUCUCAGUCAGAGCGAAGGGGGAGAGCAGGGGGUGCCUAAUUAACCCUCCAAUGUUACAUCAACACAGGAAAUACAGGUCCUGUACAGUUGUAUUGUGAGACUGUGAGUUGGUGAACUGCCAUUGAUCUAGUAUAAAUACAGGGUGUAUAAAAAAAGGGUAAUCAAACUUCAACACGCUAUUGUACAUGAAUUACUCGGCGUAUGAACAAAGCCUGAUCUUCAAGCUGCAAGUCUGCAGAUAUGUACACAUAGAGCAUCUUCUGCCUGUGCGGCAUCUUUGAUUCCUGAGGGGGAACAGGGCUUCGGUGGUACAAGCGCCUUUCACCUCUGAGAUCGUGGGUUCGAUUCUCGCUAGCUACGGACUCAUGACACUUAUGUGAAAAGUGUCAGUCAACGCUCUACCGAAAGUCGUGGGUUUUCACCGGGUACUCCGGUUUCCUUCCACAGGGAAUGUUGACAGGGUGGGUUGGGAUUAUCCUCUUCACUGACCCUUCCACUGUAGCUGUGCUCUGUGAUUAGACCUGAAUCAUAAGGUGGCUGCCAUAAGCGCCCUCAGAAAGCCGUCGACUCGAUCAGGUCGAGCUGCGUCCCUCGUAAUUCAGCUUAGCUCUCAGCUGCAAGUAAGGAUGAUUAGCACACCCCACUUAUUUACUAUUUUCGAGUUUUGUCAGGGGGAAUGCCGUUCCUCCAGUGAAAAUCGUGGGAGGAUGGCGUUUCCCCCGGAAAACACACUAUACUGCUGCCAACAUCCCACCCCAAAUUGGCAUUAUAUUAAAGUGACUAUAUACAGUAUGUGCCUUUAUCAUUUCUAGGGUAAUAUGCCUAAUGUGUGGAGACAAGAGCAACAGACACGACCUUCAAGAAGCAAUCAGGCAACAAAACCCACAUUUUCAUGCUUCUGCUGACAUUGCUGCACCCGAUGGCGACGUUUUACUUAGCGACGAUCUCGUUAGGGAUUUCCAAGUCCCGGAUUGCCGGAACUGUGGAGGGGUACUUAAACCCGAUGUGGUGUUCUUCGGAGACAAUGUCCCACGUGACAGAGUGAACUUUGUGCACGAACGCCUUAGCGAAUCGGACGCUGUCCUAGCACUGGGUUCCAGUCUUCAGGUGUAUUCGGCUUAUAGGUUUAUAGUUGCAGCAAAUGAACGAAAGCUGCCAUUGGCUAUUGUAAAUAUAGGUGAAACAAGGGCAGAUGGUUUGGCAACUCUGAGGGUUCAUAGUAAAAUUGGAGAAAUUGUUAACAUCUUAAAUCAAUUUGUUGUACAGGGUAAUAUUGACUAACGUACAUUAAAAAAUGAAUGUGGUAUAAUUUCAAUGUGGUAUGAUUAAAUUAAGGGACUGUAUACAUGAUCCUAGGGGCGGAUCUACCGCGAGAGUGCGCACCCCACCUAAUGGUGGCGAGCACCCCACCCCCUCCGCAGAAGAAGUCCAGCACCACCCUUAAGCGGAACUUCUACGGUUAGCACGUGUCGAGAAAAUAAUCAGAAUGCUUUAGUGAAAUAUCAUGGUUAAAUACGUAAACAUGUCGAGGUUGUUGUACACUAAUACAGCC